AUGAAUGAUUUGACCGAAUGGCUGAGGAAGCAACAUCUUAUCGAAGUAUUGGUUCGUGAUAAUUUGCAUCACCCGUCAUACUGCGAGAGGUUGGAAAGAGUAUUCCGAGUGUUACUAGAAAGAAAUGCUGUAACAGUGGAUGACUUGGAUAUCUUAUGGAAUGUGCAGCAUGAAAGGCAUGACGUCAUCCAGCGAAAUGUUCACGAUCUAAUAGCAAAGUUAGUUAAUGGGUUGAACAAUGUAUUGCAAAAACAUUUGUUUGAACGAAUGAAGGAGAGUUGGACAAAGUCAUCUUCAAGACAGCGAACACUUCUACUUGAUCUUAUACGUCGAAUUGGUGUCGAUUUCAGUAGUCUUACGGAAAAACAGCUAACUAUAAAAUCUCUUUCGCUGCUGUGGGAUUUGUUCCAUGAUGAGCGGUUACCUGUGGAAAUGAUUGAUGCAGCUCUGGAAGCACAUUUCAAUGUAUUAGAAAGUGCAGUACCAGCUGAAGAACUACGGCGACAUUACAUCGAACGUUGUAUUGACGAACUACUUCUAGAUUCAGUAUUUGUACUUCCGGCGUUGAAGCAUAUGCAGCGAUUAAUGACUUUAAUGCCAGAAUGUGACUAUAGCACAGGCAGAAAAGUAACGAGGGCAGAAUAUAUCGCCACUGUACAGCAAGAUACAGAGCUAUGCUCAAGACUGUCGAAAAAUGUUGCUCUAUACAUGGAAAAAGUACGAAAUGCCAUGAAUGAUCAACCGCAUGUUUAUACUGCUGUAGAAGACGCAAGUGUUGUGAUGUUUGUUGGUCGUUACACUCAUAGCGAUAAUUUACGAAUUCGGCUGGGUUUUCUACAUUUUCUUCUCACCGAUGGGCAACUUUGGCUUAUGACACCGCAGGCGAAUGAGUUAUGGGACGCUCUUAUUGCUCGAUCAGUAUUUGAAUAUGAGCGCACAUAUGGCUUCCAGCUAUUUGCUACAAUGCAAGAUCAAGAAGAUAUCGAUCCAAAAGCACUUGAUCAGCUUUUUACAUCUAGGAUUCUAAAACUUCCAGUUGAAAUGCUAAACGAGGAGGGUUUUUCAUGUUUCAAAACCUUUUGGACUGCAAUAAACAAAAAGCAUAGUAAGCUCUUCCAACCCACUGAAGGGAUGUCACAUUAUUUGAUGUGUGAUUUUGAUCUUGAGGGAAUGGAUUAUUUGUGGGAAAUAAUGCUGCAAGCUCGUGGCGAAGUAUCACAUUUAGCAAUUUCCUUAUGGGUCGAGAUUUUAGCAAAUCCCCAUACUGCAGUGAUUUCCGAUUUUGCUCAUUUGAUUCAAACAGUCGUUAAUAAAUGUUUUGUAAUGCUGAAAGCGAAACACGACGAUCUCAUAAAAGGCGAUAAUACUGAUGAGGAAAAAAUGAAAAUGCUUGAUCGAAUGGGUAGAAUUUUAACGACUCUUAAUUCUUAUAUCUGUGCAUUUGACGAUGAUUAUUACAUUCCUGAAAGAUCUCAACAACCACUUCGUAAGGCGGGUUUAGGACGGUGCUUUUUAUUGCCAGUCGUUUUCCCAGAUGAGAAAUUACCGAGCGGCAUCGAAACGAACUCAUCAGUAGUGCAAGACGAAGAUCACGGUAUUCCGGUUCACUCUACUAUGCCGCUUUCAGCAUUAAAACUCAAGAUUGAUGACCAGUUGCGAUACAUGGAGGGCUGCAAUAUUGGUGGAGUGCUUGUACCAGUACAGUUGACCGUUCAGUCUCUUAAUCCACCAGAAACAAGAAUAUUGCAUCCGUCUGAUCGCCGUAAAACACUUGAUGAAUUAGGGGUCGAUGACAGUGCGCAUAUUAUAAUCCAUUUUCAAAAUCAUUCGUGUACAUGGAACAGUCGGUUAACUAGCACCGAUUCGAGCCCUGACCAAACAUUUACUUCUUGUCAUGAAGGGACUGCAGCUAGUAAUGAAGAAAAUGAGCGUAUUUUGCCGGGCGCUGUAAUAGCCGAAAACUCAGAUCAUGUUCGAUUCCUUUAUACUUUAGCCGAUAUCGGUUAUGCGUAUGGGAAUAAUUAUUUGAGGAAAUCUGCCACUGAUGUCUUAAAUCAAAUACCACCAGAUACAAUGUCAGUAACGAUGCUAAGAGAAUUAGUGGAAUCAGGACGAUUGUUUGAUCUGUUACCAUCUGAAUCAUCUAAUCAUGUUUUGCAUCUUUUGCGUGUCCUACAUUCGUUACUUUUGCCGUGUAAUGGUCAUUUCAUGACUGAAGCCACGGAAUUCCAGAUCCUUUUCCUUACAUCACCAAGUUGUUUGGCCGUGUUUUCAUUUCUGGGAGAUCCUCAAAUUUUGUGUCGAUGGGAUGAAUACGCUUGCACUGCAGUGGUUUGGUGGUUGGCAAAUAUAGCGAAAUUUGUUCUCUUCGUGGCAGCACGCCUCAAAUACUUGAGGACCACUGAUGGGAAUGGAAGUAGGUGUUUUGAAACGGGUCAAGUCAUUGAUCGUGAACAAACAGUUUUUAAAGAGCUUUGUUGUGUAGUUGCACGUGAUCUCAAUGAUCGUAUCGAAGAGAAUCCCGAAAUCAUUGAAACAAUUUUUCAAUUAUUCACCACAGACAACAGUCGUAUUGAAUGUCUUCUACGACUUGCAUGGGCAGUUGGUUCACGAAAUAUACCGUUACGUCCUACUUCGGGUGGUUUGGCGAAAGAUUCAUCUGCCGAAACAAUCCGGCAAUCACAACCUGCAGCUUUUAUGCUGGAGGAACCAACGGAAUGCUUGUUGGAUGCAUUUGCGAUAGAGGUUGUUAGUGGCGACGCAACGUCAGAAGUUUUCAAAGUCAUCCAUCUGUGGAAUCUUCUCAUAUCUGAUUUAUUGUUUUGCAAAAGCUCGGUAAUCCGCCGUUAUUUCUCAGCCUUAGUUCGACGAAUGGUUUGUCGUAUGGGUUCGGCAGAACGGCAGCUCUCAUCAGCAUUGUUGCAGUUACUUUUCAGCAAGCUGGAAGAAAGUGAUGAAAAACUAAUGAAGAAUACGGAAUUUUUUAUUUUAUUGUGCAGCCUGUUGGAUCACUGCAGAAAUAAUCAAAUUUACGUUGACGAUAUAACACAGCGAAUAGAAAAAGUCUUGGAUUGGUUGGAUCGUGCCAAGCAGCACACUAUUGCAAAUCAGGAAAGUUAUCCUGAUGACAGGUCAUUAAUUGGACGGCUUGAUGUAUGUCGUGGUUUACUAGGAUUUCUUACAAGCGAGGAGAAAGUUAUGAUUGGUUCGGAACCUAAUGGUACGCAGCUAGUCAAGCAAUUACUGGACGAGUUUAUUUUGCCAUCUUCGCGAACUUAUGUUGAUUUGAUGCGGCAGAGAGAAAACGAUAGUGAUAUUCAUAUACAACGUUCAGUGACCCAUUCAGCAAUCUCAAGAGAUGGUAUAGAUGAGUCGGAUAAGACCAUUCCGCGUUCAGAAACAAUGGGCCCAUUACUUUCUUCACGUUCCAUUCCAGUAUGUGGUACCAGUGAAAGUGCCAAAGCAGCCUACAAUCUGAUUGUUGCGCUUUGUGACACAGCAUCGCUGAACUACCGAUGCAUAGUUGAAAGUCUUCUCGAGCUUUUCUACUCAGAACCAGUUCCUACUAUGAAUAUUGAAUGGGAAUAUAUGCCCGGAUAUUCCAUUCGUUCACCGAACAGUUACGUAGGACUGAAGAAUGGUGGAGCUACUUGUUACAUGAAUUCUGUUUUCCAACAAAUAUUCAUGAUUGAACCGUUGCGGAACGCCGUUAUCAAUGCCAACUUUAUGGAUGACAUGAGCGUCGAAGAAAUGGUUGUCAAUGAAUGCAAUGUUUCGGAGGAACACUAUCAUACAACAAUUUUAAAAGCUGUACAAUCAAUUUUUGCGCAUCUGCUUGGCUCUGAGAUGCAGUUCUAUUCUCCAAAAUUCUUCUGGAAGCACUUCCGAUUCUGUGGUCAAGCAGUAAAUGUACGGGAACAGCAGGAUGCCCUAGAAUUUUACAACGCUCUUUUUGAUUCCAUAGAUGAAGGUCUCAAGAAGUUGGGUGAACCGCCUAUUUGUGAGAAUUUAUUUGGUGGAACAUUCGCUGAUCAGAAGAUUUGCAAAGACUGUCCACAUAGAUAUCAACGCGAAGAACCGUUUACAUCAAUCUCAGUUGAUGUGCGUUCCCAUAACAAUCUCCUUGAUUCACUUAAGGAAUAUGUGAAAGGAGAUUUAUUGAACAACGAUAAUGCGUAUCUGUGUGAAGAAUGUAAUAAGAAAGUGACAGCAGUGAAACGAUUAUGUGUUGCCAGAUUACCACCAUAUUUGACGAUACAGCUGAAAAGAUUUGAUUUUGAUUGGGAACGCGAUUCACCACAAAAAUACAAUGACUAUUUCGAAUUUCCGAUUGAUCUUGAUAUGAUGCCCUUUACUGCUUAUGGAUUAGCUCAAGCUGAAGGGGAAAUUUCGAAAGAGGAGUUGACGCAUUCGUCAGCGACCGAUAGCGGUAGAGGCACAUCUGAAAGAGCAUCACCGGAAGCAAAUGACAUUUGUGGUGCUGCUGGUACAUCCACGCCAGAAGUUAAACUAGAUGAUAAUAAUUGCACGAAAUACUGUUUACGUGGGGUAGUUGUGCAUUCGGGACAAGCUAAUGGUGGGCAUUAUUAUUCAUUCAUUCGUUCCGAAGAAGAUGGUGGUCGUUGGUUUAAAUUCGAUGAUGUUGACGUAACCGAAUGGCAUUUGAACAAGGAGGAAAUGCAAAGUAUGUGGUUUGGUGGUGAAUAUAUUGCUGAAGCAUUUGAGAGUAACAGCAGCCAUUAUCAGAAGAAACGACAGAAGCGUUGGUGGAAUGCUUAUUUACUCAUUUAUGAAAAGACAUCAAUAACUGCUGCUUCUGUGGCAUCAUCAUCAGUGGAACUAACGACUUCUUGCUCUUCUACACAGCCAUCACAUUCAUCCUCCAAUAGUCCACUUAGUUUGGAUAAGAAAAUAAGUGCCAUGUCUAUUAGCACUCGUAUCCGACAUAUGCCACCAAAACUGGAAGCAUUGGUUCGCGGCAAGAAUACUUGUGCUAUGCAUGAACGGUCGCAAUAUACUCCGAAUUACUUCCAGUUCAUUCGGGAUAUAUGCUCACGAGCGGUUCGAAUGAUUAGUCGGAUGAAUCUUGAAUUUCAGGACGAUUAUUAUUUAUUAACAACAAAACUUCUAAGCAAAUUUCUAUUUUCUACUGGUCUCCGGGCAAGAAAAACGUUACGGUCGGGUAAUGUAACAGAAUGGCAGAAAACUUACGAAGUAUUGUUUGCAUCAUCGAAAUCUUCUCGUGGAUGGUUUAUUUGUAAUAUCAUGUUUCAGCCUAAAAUGGUUGUUUUAUAUCUUCUUACUGCACCUUCGGCUGAUGUGCGAUACUUUUUCACAAAUAUAUUUGUAACGCUUCUGAAUGCAGCAGCACAUGAUUAUCUUGAUGUUAUUCGGCCGUAUAUGCGAGAUUGUCCUGAUUUCAAAAUUGAUGCUGUUUAUAAGCCGGGUGAUACAAUGUCUGAUAUGUUUAUCACUUUGUUACUUAUCAUCCCUCGCAACUACUUCACCGAAUUCAGCGUUCAUCCUACCCAAUAUAUAGCUUUGUUCAAUCUUUAUGCUCUAUCAGGUUUGGAGCAGAAAAGACAACUAGUGCGAAAAGGUGCCUUGCAUGCAUUGUUGGUGCUCAUUUCACGAGAUGAUUAUCAUAUCAAAGUGAUUUAUCAAGAUAGUUCGAAACUGUAUGAAGUUAUUUCAUUACUUCUCAGGACUUGUAAAUUUGAAUGGCAAGGGAAGAAUGCCAGUUUGAAUCCAUAUGCUAUUACAACCAGUGGUCUUGUUCAAGCACCACAAGAAGUUGCUCAGUGGAUGGAUGAACCGGUCUUUGUUAAUAGGUUACUGAAGCAGUUGAUCGAAUUGCCUACUGAUCGUGCAGUUGCACUGGACACUUUAUUGUACUUGUGCUGGGAGAAUCUUCACUUGACGAAAAUUCUUCUCUGUCAUUUCUCAUUUGAGUGUCUAUUUACACCGAAUGAAGUGAAAAGUACAACAGCAAUCAUUGAAAAUCUUUUUGAAAUUAAUGAUUCAGUAAGAAGAGAGCGGCAGCGUUUGAUACUUUUAGGUUUUGAAAAAGGCCAUCAAAAGUAUAAGGGCCUUGUUGCAAUAAUGUUCGGUCAGAGGGAUAUUUACUCAUGGAAAGCGUAUCAUUUGUUGCGCACAUUAAUCAAUAUUGCUUCUGGUAAUGACGAGAUGAUUAAGAUCCUUGCGGAAACUGAACAAGCUCGCAACAAUUUAUUCAAAAUGAAGGAUUGGUUUAAAUUGCAACUUAAUGCCAGUUCAGCUAAAUCAGACAUUUAUGAUUACGACAGCUGUCGCGAUGAUUUGGAUAAAUCGGGUGAGGCUGAAGGAAUGGAGAGUUUUGUUGAAAUUUAUGAAAAUUUUCAAGAUUUUCUUUCGAAACUCGAUGUUCCAGACGACGGUAGUUCUUUGAACGAUGGCGAUAGUUUUGCUAAGGAUCCUUUUCUCGGAGAUAUACCAAGAGACGUCGCUGGAGUUUCGUGUAAAAGACGCAUAUCUUCUGAAGAACGUCCACAUUCAGCGGAACAGUCUUCAACAAAUCGUGAUAGAGCUAAAGCAUCCUCAAUAGUUGAUUCACGGAAAAAUGUUGCAUCUCCGAUAGAAUCCAAGCUGUCGUUGAAAACAGGAACUUCGGAUGAAGCUUUAACUCUGGACACAUCCAUGUCACUCAGCGAGAGGCUUUUAGCUAAUGUCGGUCUGCCACCUCCGCCACCGUAUUCAGAACGCGAUUCAGCUAGCAUAGCUUCACAACAAUAUCCACGUGUUCGACAACCGAUGUCACCUGUAGGUGCGCCACAUUCCUGGCAAAUUUCAUUGAACGCUCGAGUGAAUCGUCCAGAAGAUGAUUCAUCAGUUGAAUCCACGUCAACGGGUGUCGAAAUGGAGGAUGUACCACCACCAUAUGAAUAAAUGCUGGCUCGGUAGGGGUGAUGUAAAAGUUAUUCCAGUAAAUUUGAUCAUUGAAUACAAA